UGAAACUUUGUUUUUAACUGUCUAAGCUGGUUUAGCUGACCAGCUAUCUCAAAAAUGAGACUUUUCCUCUCUGUCUCUCCCACUUCAUAUAACUGAUGCAUCUCUUCACAUCCUAUUAAUUCCUUGCCUUCUCUGAAAAUUGGACAAUGGGUUUUCUGUUUUCUGUCGCAGAAUUUGAAAUUUCCAAAUUUUUUCUGGGAAUCCCAGAAGCCAUGGAUGGGGAGGAGUUUAAGCUGUUUCUGGGAAAGUGAAGUGUUCUGAGAAAACUGUUUCUGGGAAAUUGAAAUUUCCAUUUGGUUUUUCUCUUUGAUUAAUUUAAAUGGGUAGUGGUAGUAGGAGGAAGAGGAGGGAUUUUGAUUUUACAGAGGUUGCGGAGUUCUUGAAGCAGCUUAGGGUGGAGAGACCCCUUCUCCCCUUUGGGAUCUCUCUAAUUAUACUUCUUUGGGCAAUUGAAAAAUGGGUUUUUUCCUUCUCCAAUUGGCUACCAAUCGUAGUCGCCGUGUGGGCAACCAUCCAGUAUGGUAGUUAUCAAAAACGAAUCCUUGUAGAGGACUUGAAUAAAAAGUGGAAGCAAAUCUUAUUAAAUACAUCGCAAAUAACGCCGAUAGAACACUGCGAGUGGCUGAAUAAAUUGUUGAUAGGCAUUUGGCCUAACUACCUUAGUCCGAAGCUUUCAAUUAGGUUCUCAUCUAUUGUUGAGAAGCGAUUAAAGCACCGAAAAUCAAGGCUUAUUGAAAGGAUCGAACUGCAAGAGUUCUCAUUAGGUUCAUGCCCACCUUGCUUGGGGCUGCAUGGAACUCAUUGGUCAACAUCAGGUGAUCAGCAAGUCAUGCAUUUGGGUUUUGACUGGGACACCACUGACAUGAGCAUUAUGUUACUUGCAAAGUUGGCAAAGCCACUGAUGGGAACUGCUCGGAUUGUGAUAAACAGCCUCCAUGUCAAGGGUGAUCUUCUCUUAAUGCCAAUUCUGGAUGGGAAAGCAAUUUUGUACUCAUUUGUGUCUGCUCCCGAGGUAAGAAUUGGUGUGGCAUUUGGGAGUGGUGGAAGCCAGACACUUCCUGCAACAGAACUGCCAGGUGUUUCUUCUUGGCUGGUUAAACUUUUCACUGAAACCUUAGUUAAGACAAUGGUGGAACCUCGCCGCCGUUGCUAUUCUUUGCCAUCUGUGGAGUUAAGAAAAAAGGCUGUUGGAGGUAUUAUUUAUGUGACAGUUUUUUCAGCAAACAGACUUUCAAGGAGCAGCUUGAGAGGAAGCCCUCCUAGAAAGCAACAAAGUUAUACUACAGAUGGUUCUUCAGAACACCUUAAUGGUAGAGAUCUACAGACAUUUGUGGAGGUUGAACUUGAAGAACUAACAAGGAGAACGGAUGUCAAACCAGGAUCAAGCCCCAGAUGGGACUCGACAUUUAAUAUGGUUUUACAUGAAGAUACAGGAACUCUUCGAUUCCACCUUUAUGAAUGUACCCCAGGCAGUGUAAAGUAUGACUACCUAGCAAGUUGUGAAAUUAAGAUGAAAUAUGUAGCAGAUGAUUCCACAAUGUUUUGGGCAAUAGGACCUGAAUCCAGUGUAAUAGCCAAGCAUGCAGAGUUUUGUGGAAAAGAAAUUGAACUGGUUCUUCCAUUUGAAGGACUUGGUUUAGGAGAGUUGAAAGUGAAACUUGUGUUGAAAGAAUGGCAGUUCUCCGAUGGUUCACAUAGCUUGAACAACUCUCAUUUGCGCUCACGGAAUCCACUCAAUGGAUCAUCAAACAUUGUGGCAAAAACCGGAAGGAGGAUUAACGUAAUCAUUGUAGAAGGCAAGGAUCUUAUCCCAAGAGAAAAGGCAGGAAAGUGCAACCACUAUGUCAAACUACAGUAUGGGAAGACUCUUCAGAGAACGAGGACUGUCUCUAAUGCUUCAAAUCCUUUCUGGAAUCAGAAGUUUGAAUUUGAUGAGGUAGGGGGUGGUGAAUAUCUAAAGAUAAAAUGCUAUAGUGAAGAGACUUUUGGAGAUGACAAUGCUGGCUCUGCUAGAGUAAAUCUGGAAGGACUGGUUGAAGGGUUAGCAAGGGAUGUUUGCGUCCCCCUUGAAAAAGUGAAUACUGGAGAACUGAGGCUGCAAAUAGAGGCAGUGAAAAUUGACGACCAUGAUGUAUCAAGGGGUUCAGCUGCAGGCUCAGGUAAUGGUUGGAUUGAACUUGUUCUCAUUGAGGCAAGAGACCUUAUUGCUGCUGAUCUCAGGGGAACUAGUGAUCCAUAUGUGAGGGUACAAUAUGGAAAUUUGAAAAGAAGAACAAAGGUAAUGUAUAAAACACUGAAUCCACAGUGGAAUCAGACCUUAGAGUUCCCUGAUGAUGGCAGUCCCUUGUUGCUGCACGUGAAAGACCACAAUGCUGUAUUACCCACUUCAAGCAUUGGUGAUUGUGUUGUAGAAUAUCAGAGAUUGCCCCCAAACCAUAUGUCCGACAAGUGGAUACCCCUACAAGGUGUGAAAAGGGGGGAGAUUCAUAUUCAAGUUACGAGAAAAGUUCCAGAAACACUGAAGAGAUCUAGUUUGGAUUCAGAAUCAUCGUUAACUAAGGCACGUCAGAUUUCCAGCCAGAUGAAACAAAUGAUGAUCAAAUUUCAAUCUUUAAUUGAGGAUAGCAACGUUGAAGAACUCUCGACAACCUUAAGUGAGCUGGAAAGCCUCGAGGAUAUACAAGAUGAGUACAUUGUACAGCUUGAGACUGAGCAAAUGCUCUUAGUUAACAAGAUAAAUGAGCUUGGUCAGGAAAUCUUUAACUCGUCACCUUCAUCAAAGAGAAGAUGUUCGAGCAGCCUUUCACAAUGAGUGUAGACUCACUUUGUUUUUUUUAGCACUUGAUAUAGUUUACUUGCACGAACCGUUAUUAAGGACAAAUCCGGUUUCGCUAUUAUUUAGACAAGAUUUGCUACUAAUUACGACAAAUUUGGUUCUCCAAUCAUUAAGUUGUCAUAUUGUAUCAUUUAAUCAUUUUGUCCAAGUGUAUAUGGGUUUUCUGUUGUAUUCUUUUCUUAUUGGGCUUAUAUUGAUUACUAUUAUUUUGAUUUAGAAAAAUUGAGAUUAAUUUUGAUUAAAAGAGAAUGUUGUUUUGCUCAA